ACCACAGCCAACGCUUCCCAACACCACCUGCGCUCAUCACCAUCUUAUAGCUGCAUAGCCAGAGUUCCUCCUUGAGAAUUUACAAGACAGCCAUCUCGCCUUCUCGGAUCCAUCCUCUUCUUCUGCAUCUCGCACUCGCUUACCGUCGCCCCUGAUGAACUCGCAGGAGCUAGAAGCCAUUAUCCGCGAGAAGGUCCAAGAUGUAAAGACACUAGUCGUGUCAGACGUGUCCGGAGGAUGUGGCCAGGCAUUCGAUGUCAUCAUUGUAUCCCCAGCAUUCCAAGGACUGCCGACAUUGAAGCGACACAGGAUGGUCAAUGAUCUACUUAAAGACCAAAUCGCUCAGCUGCAUGCCUUCUCGCAAAAGACUUACACACCAGCUCAAUACGAAGCACUGUCCGGCUCCAAGCCUGCGUCAGACUCAUUCGCAGCCCCCGCCGCCCCCGCCGAAGCUCCAGCUCCCACACCCGCCUCCACCUCGACAUCAACCAUGCCUUCCUCGCUCCUUCCCAAGACCCCGCCCACCCGCUCUCGCUCCACCUCGUCCAAGUUCCAACACAACCGCUCCACCUCCAACGUCUCCAUCCCAGAGCUCACUCUCACAACGGACGACGAGACCCUCUCCGGUCGCGCCCACGCUGGCGCUCCACGUCCCCUUACACCCUCUGCCCAACCCGGCGGAACCCUGAGCAACGUAGACAUGCACGGCAGUCCCUCCAGUCCCGCAGGUGGCGGCAUCAGUCGACUGCACUAUGCCAAGAUCAACAGCGUCGAGUUCUGGGAUGACAUCAAGAGAACUAUUGACGCUCACGUCCUAUCACAGGGCAGUCCUGCCGUACUGGGCUCGAGCGGAAGCGGUGCAGACAAUCCCAUGCUGGCAAGCCCUGGUCAUGGAGGAAAUGCGGCUUCGCCGAGGGGAGAGGCAGAGGCGACUAGGCUCUUUGAAGACUUUUUCCAGAGCCAGAAGAUGCACAUGAGCGCGAGCGAUGUAGCUAAAAGUGAGUGUCAUCUGCUUGAUCAAGGGUAUCGAAUGCGACAAUUACUGACAGGGAGAACGAUUUCCUGCUUGACACUGUCGUCCCUUGCGAUAAAAGUGCGAGACGGUACGGGUAUGUACGGCAUGUAGGCCGGCCCCUCUUCCUGUCACCUCGAAUCUAGAGUCGUCCAUUCAGCACCGUACGCAACACUCGUCUUUCCCGGCUCGCCUGUCAAUCGCACUGUGACACCUUUACGUCCUCUUCCCUUUUCACAAUGUCAAAUAAUUGCCCCACAAUUGUCGCUUUUGAGUGUCUCGCCCGGUCUACAAGGGAGCACUACUGCUCCUCUUCCACCCUCCCCUCCUUCGUGUUGGGCUUGCGAACCUAUCUCUGGGAUCUGUCUCGCCCAGAUCGCGCUCGUGCUCCAGGGCUGCUCUGUACGGUGG